AUGACUAACCCUUGCAAAGCCUUCACCAGUGGCUCCCUCUCCUCUUGGGAGGUGUCAGGGAAGAUGAGCCGAGGAAAAGCAGCCGGCACGUCCCCGGAUCGCCUGGGCCGCUGCAGUCCCAACGGGGUGGCCAGCAAUGGCUGUGGCGCUCUCAGCCUCCACGGAGAUGGCGAAUACCGAUGCUCCUCUUACCCCUCCUUCUCCAUCGACGGGAGACUCCUGGCCCCUGUGCACCUCGAUAUCGACCCUGACUUCCAAGCCAUGCGGCAGCAGGAGAAAGAGGACAUCAAGUUGCUCAACAACCAGUUCGUGACCCUAAUUGAGAAGGUCCAGUGCUUGGAGCAACAGAACAAGAUCCUGACGACAAGGUGGAACUUCCUGAAGGAUCAAGACAAUACCCACUCCGAGUCGGACGUGAAGGCCAUCUACGAUCAGUACAUGAGCAAAAUGAAUCAAGAGAUGAAGGCGCUCAACUACGAGCAGGAAAAUCUCGAGUCGGAGCUGACAAAGGUCCUGAGCACCAUGGAUGAUUUUCGGAGCAAAUACGAGGAUGAAAUUCGCCUCUGUAGUGGCAUGGAAUACACCUUCAUGGAGCUCAAAAAGGAUUUAGAUGUGAGCUCCUUGCACAGAACUGAGCUGGAGGUAAAACUCAAUGGGCUCCAAGAGCUGAUGGAUUUGAAGAAAACCAUCUACGAGCAGGAGCUCGAGGGGCUGCUGACAGAAAUUAAGGACAUUUCUGUUGUACUGGGAAUUGACAACGCAUGCAAACUUGAUCUGAGCAGAAUUGUGGAAGAAGUGAGGGCCCAGUAUGAAGCUCUGGCUCUUCGGAGCUGGGAGGAAGCCGAAGCACUUACCAGGAGAAAGCUGAAUGAGGGAAGCACCCAGUCGGGCACCUACGGGGGUCACCUCCUUGACAGCCGACGGGAGAUCGCAGACCUGAACAUACAGAUCCAGAAGCUGAGGUCCUGCAUUGUGUCCCAAAAGAGCCAGUGCCUGUACUUAGAGGAGCAUAUCAAAGAAGCAGGAGAGCAUGGUGAGAUGGCCCUCAAGGAUGCCAAAGCGAAACUGGUCAAGCUAGAAGAAGCCCUACAGAAGAGCAAGGAAGAUAUGGCUCAUCUGGUGAAAGAGUAUCAGGAGCUGAUGAACAUCAAGCUGGCCCUGGACGUGGAGAUCCUCACUUACAGGAAGCUGAUGGAAGGGGAGGAGAGCAGCAUGGAGCAACCGAUACCCACAGUCAUCAGCACCGUCCACUCCAGACCAAAGCACCUUUCUGCCAGCACCUUGAGAAACUCCAAGCUGUUUGCAAGAGGAACAGGCAGCACCAAUGGUAAGAUGAAGCCAAAUGGAGACAGCACAAAGGUAUGGCCCUCUAUAAGCCACAGCGACAACUCCGCGACACCUGAAGCAGAUGCCUUCAUCAGCGGUGCCCGGCCAAAGCUCAGUUCCCUGCCCACCGAAGAGUGCUCCUAG